UUAUUAUUUUAAUUAUAUUAUUAUUUUUAUUAUUUUAAGACGGUAUGUUUACUCUUCCUCAUUGUCUCAUUAUUUCCUGUUUUAUUUUCUGGGUUUGUCUGGCUUCUGCAAUUUUCUUAUCAACAAUAUUUUGGGGUGUAAGAGUUUCUCCUACCCGAUUUUUCAAUGUCACUUUUCCGCACCUCACUUAGGACUGUUGAAUGUCCUGGUCCUUUAUUGCAAUCUCAUCACCCGUCACUAAUAUCUUUAUUCAUACGUUUACGUUAUUUUAAUAAUCUAAAACAUAAAAUAAAAUAUUUUAACUUUGCAUUAAAUAUUAUUUCAAAUAUUUCUUGAUGACAAAAAUAGAUUGGGGAAAGAAAUGAUAUUAAAAUGCAAGAAACCAUAAUAUUGAAAAUAAAUUUAGUUUCCUCUUUUAGUGACUAUUUGCAUGUAACAGAGUGAAUCGUUCAAAGUUUUCGUCACUUAGGCUACUCCUUCGCUGGCACAGAAUCAAUCCAGCGAAGCUAAGCGAUCUUUCAACUGCGAUAGACGACGAAAUUGUUUCGUAUAUUUGCACUUUGUGAUAUUUUGAAUUCAUGCGACGUUAUAGUCUCAGUUUUUCAACGAUUCUAAUUGUACAGUGUUACUAUCAUUGUCAAAACUCACUCGGUUUUCCCAUGAAUGAAAAGAAAUCGUCUAAUUCUACUAUAUCUUACACUUUGCAUUGCGAGAGUGAAGAGGAUUGAUUUCAUACACCUUUUAAAGUUUUCAGCACUAUUUCUUUGAUAUAAUUACGUCUAUCUUCCAUCUUGGUUACAAUCCACCGUAAUUUCCAUCUUGGAUGACUAACAAUCGCAAUUGUGUAAUCAGAUGUUCUCUAAGUCUUCGGUUUCCAAAAACUCGUAAAAAUGAGAAAAAUAAAACGCGUAGAUAAAUUGUAUAGUAGAAAAUAUAUUUUAAUACAGAAGUGUAAGUAUAAGUAGGAAUAUAAUUUGAGCCUGUCUACUGUUUAUGGUGUGUCUUCGUCCCAGUCUAUUGUCUAUACGCUGUGGAUAGCUUCAGUGCUUGAGAAAGCUAAAAAGACCAGAUGUAGAGGUUUCUUAGAAGUGGUGACCACUUCAACAUGUAUAAUUGUCUACGCCAUCGAUAUUUUGAAAACUAUGUUCUGUCUAUCUAAAAUCUAUGGAAAAAUAUCACCCAUAUAAGUUUUGUCAUCUUGCAAUUUAUCCAAAGCGUAUGCGAUUGGUCCAAAUAUUUAUUCUUAUCUAUAUAUCUUCGAUAAGCACCAGUUUACUCACACCGACACUCGAAAUGCAUCCCCAUACAAUCACAGAACCUCCUCCUCCGUGUUUUAAGGUAGGUUUUAAAUCUUUGGACUUCAAAACUUACUACUUACAUUCACUAUUCGCCAUACUAUACUCUUUUUCUAUCUGAAUCAAAAAUGCAUUAUUUACUCUCUUUGAAGUUUCUUCGUGAAUUCUUUAGCGAAAGUCAAUCCUUUUUCCUCUGUUUAUUUCGUUUAUAUACGGCUUUCUUCUUUCUAUUCGACCAUUAAAUCUUGUACUGUUUCUACACUGACUUGUUUCCUAGUUUCACGGCCAACCUCUUCUUCAACUCUCCAUAUUAUUAUUCUUUCCUCCUUUUCAUUAAUAAUUCGAGGUGGUUUUUUCUUAAAUUUGAUACAGUCUUCUUCUUUAUAUUUUUUAAUAAUAUUCGCAACUGUGCUCUUCUCCAUUAUUAACAAUUGUGCGAUUUCACGAUAAUUUUUACCUUUUUCUUUAUGAUAAAUAACAAGAUGUCUUUUAUCGAAACUACUAUUCUGUCCUUUAUGUGGCAUGUUAGAAUUCAGACACUAAUACUUCUCAAUAUAGCUUUGUACUGAGAUAGAAUUAUAUUGUAGCGGUUUGUAUGUAAACAAAUCUAUUUUGGACUUGGAAUGGUUUUUAAGAACUACUAAAAUACAGAACAUACCAUAGUGUACAAACAUUAAUGUGACGUGAAAAUGUGACAACUUUUUGUUUAAAAUGUGUUAUACUAUUAAAUGUUAUUGUUAGAAUGGAAUUGUUUAUAUAUUUUCAAUCUACAAUAAAUGGUUUAUCUUUAGUAAAAUAGACAAUAUAAUAUCUAAAUUAUUCUCUUACAAACAGCAAUUACAAAUAAAUACGCAAAUUAAAGAGUAACGAUAGUUAUCACUGAUAAAUAAUCUGGCAGACAUGAAAUAUUUACUUGAACAAAUUCUCUGUGUUCAUUGCUUCGGCUACUCUAUUUUACAAUUUGACUUUUCGAAAUUUGAAUAAACGUGGCGUACACGACACUUCAAUGAAUUAUCGAUGUAUACGUACCAAUCGAAUAUUUUACACUAUGUAUGUAUAAAAAAAGACAGUAUGAGAAGUUCAUCGUCGGAUGCGAUAAUGUUCAAGUAGUACACAAAAAAAUUUAUAUUACAUUGGGAGAAAAUAGUCUAACAAGGUUAUACUUUCCACAUAAUAGAAAAUUUCAAAGAUGACCGAAAAAUAUUCCGCCAUUGAGAGGGAAAUAUCGGAGAAAGAAAGUUCAAUUAAAAUUAGCAAUUCUGUUUUUCAGAGAUUAACGUCAGGUAGAUAGUUGAUAUUAUACGUAUAAAUAAUUCAUUUAAUUUUUAAGAAUUUCAUUUCAUACUUCAGUUUGUGUGUAUGUGGAAGAGAGAUGUACGCGCGUGUGAACUCUUUUUAUAUGUCAUAAUAACAUCAUAUUAUUAUCAUAUUAUUUUUAGAGUAAGGUUAAUUUUUAUUCUUUUCUAGUAUAAUUGUUCUAUUAUAAUUGUUUUCUAGUAAAAUUGUUGUUAUUAGAGAUCAAAUGUGUACAUUUAUAGCAAGCUGUUUGCUAUAUACACAUUUAAGGAAACAAACUAUUUGUUAGUUUAAUUAUACAUUAUAAUAUGUUAGAUAUAGUAUAAUUAUAUUAGUAUUAUUUAAAAAUGUAUAGUGCAAACUAUAAAUUAUAAUAUAGUUAAUAUAUCAAUAUAUUAUUUUUCUUUGUUUUCUUCUAUUCGCGUACGAAUAAAGAAAUAAAUCACAUCACGUGUGUAUUACAUUUUAUUUUUUUAUACAAUAUUUGUAUAUGUUAUGUAUAAACAAUUCAAGUAUAUUGUAUGCGUAAUUUGAAAUAUAUGAAAGGAAAACGAUUAUAAUCAUAAAAUAGCUAGAAUGAAAUUUUGAAGAAAUUGCUCUAACUAAUUAAUUACAGUAUUGUUUUAUCAAUCGAACGUCAUCUUAUAUCAUUCAAUUGAUCGGUCGUCACUCUCGCCACUUCCCCAAAGAUUAGUACGACACACUGGGAAGCUUGGCUCAGUAGUAUGAAUAUCCUAAUCUGAACUUGGAUUUCAAUGAGUGACAGUAAUAAUAUGAUGAAACUUUUUAUUUUUAACCUUUUUCCAAUUAAAAUUUUACUAACGAAUUUAUGGAAUUUUUUGGGUUAAAAUUAGAAUGUGUGGUUAAAUUAGAAUAUAUUUUAGAUCACAUUCAAAUACACAUUUAAUAGGCGAAAGAAAAUAGGCGGAUGUAAUUAAAUCAGCGAAUAUGUCGCAGAUUGUAUCGUGGUUUGGUCUUGUUUUAAUCAUAAAAAUCUCAUUACAUUGGUAAAAGUCUCACUAAAAAAGAAAAAGAAAAUUAAAAAUAUAAAGGCUUCAUUGUUAUUUUGGCAUUGUGUUACCGAGAUAUAUUUUGGAUUAAGCCGACUUUCUAAUUUUUGUUUCUUCACUCGCGGUUUCUUUCCCUACGUUCAGCGAGAUGGUGAACCGUAAUACGAUAAUUCGUCACUGAGAGGGAUCAAUUAAUGAGACAGUAGCGUAUUUAACAAAUGAAUAUGUUCAAUAAAACAAAUAAAUUUCAAGGUAUUGUCAAUGAAGAAAUCUGUACAACUGAUGAAAAAUGCUGGCUCGAUAAAUUAGUUGCUGUCGAUAAGGAUCAUACCAGAGAAGCUGGUUUACAUAUAAAUGAAAUUGAAAGACUUUUAAACGACAUUGAUACAUAUACACGCACAAAACCUCGACGCGGUUGUCCCGUUGAUUCUGUUAAAGUAAGUCUUUCAUACAAUAUUUCGAAGCAAGAGGUUAGAGCAGUUGAAAGAACAGAAUUAUUCCAACAGUCGACGAGGAACUUUCAGAGAGCUGAAAAAAUUAAAGUAAAGUGUCACUUGGACGUAUUGUUACUUGGGUGUGCAGUGCGCGUGUCAGAUUGUUUAAAAGCAAAUAAGGGAAAUACGUUAACUUGUGAAAUAGAAGUAGAAAGCUUUAAAAAGUGCAUCGAUAAAUCAUUGCAUGCUGCUGUUGAUAGAAAUAUGAAAGGUGUACGUAGAAGCAAGAAAGGAAGUUACUUAGAAGCAUUUGAAAGGAAAUAUCAGUUUUGAUUCUUUAAAAUAAAUAUAAAAACUUGAAUAUCACACAUCGUACGUACAAUAUUAUUAAGUUUACCAAGAAAUUUUUUAUGAAAUUGAAGUAUAUUAUAAAACAAAUAACAAUAGGUAAAUAUUUGCUAACAGCACAUAUGUAUAUUAUAAGCAAAUUAUUUAUGUAUUUCAGAUCGACACCGAAGUUAAAUAAGAUGGUUUCUAUUUUCUGUUGAGAGAAAUUUUUUGUUAAUAAGAGAUUAAUAUAUAUGACAAACAAAUUCAAUUCUAGGACCGAAAAGCGCGUGCAUAGAACUUUGAAGUUUAAUAUGUACCAAAUACAUAAGUGGUAAAAGAAGUUAUUCAGCUUUACUUAGUUUUUCUUUCUUUCUUUUAUCUGUUGGUAGACACAAGAUUUGGCAAAUAAAUUUUUUUUUGAAAUAAUAAUUAUGUAUAUAAAUGGUAUUUCAAAUACAUAUUUCAAUAUUAACUCAUACAAAUUAUUAUGAAAUGAGUGUUUCAUUGAAAUAUAAGAUAAAAGUAUUUCAAAUAAUAAUAUUUCCAUCAAUUUCUAUUUCAAAUAAUACUGUAUCAAAUAGUAAUACUGCUAUUUUUACUUAAGUAAUACUGUUUCGACCGUUCGCGGAGAGACGCGAUUGCGAGAAAGCACGUCAACGAGAGUCGUAAAUUCCCGUUAGGAUUAAAUAAUCGACGCCACGAACUGAUCGAUCUCCUUAUUUCUGUUAGGUUAAUAUGGGGUGCUUCAAUUGAGUUUACACUGAUUUGACAGGUAUAAAUUAAUGUUUAUACCAACAACUUCUUGACUAGAGAGAUAUAAAUUGAUAAGAUAUAAUUAAAUUUCAAUUGAUAGACAAAGUGUGGAGUACGCGACGUAAGCUUAGAUGAGAACGGUUCGAGAUAUGUAUUAAAACUGACUUUCUGUGAAGAUGAUGCUGCAGAGGAAACUUGGGUGGGUCUAAGGACACGAAAAGAGCUGAUUUGUUAAGGACAAGUUUUCGGUGCUAGAGUGAGGGAAUAGAUUUUGCUGUUAAUUGGUCAUUUGACAAGUUGGUGGGUGAGGAAGAGUACUAAGGCCCCCGAGAGAAAGUUGGUAGUGGGAAGCAUCAUACGCGAGAAAAGCCAACUUUCCUGUAAAGUAAAAGGAUAUUUGUUUAUCAAAGGAUAUUGUUGUUUAGAAAAUUCCUGAGAUUUAGGGAGGGUACGCAGUAAGGAUGUAUAGACAUCUGGCUGCCGUCUUGCCCGCUGUGUGUGGCCUGGUCAAUGCAGAGAAUCACCAGACGUAACAUCCUCCCCCGAGGAGAGGGUACCGAUCAAAGUUAGCGAGGUGUGGUGUUGUUUGAAUUCUCAUCCUAUUUCGUCCCGGUCGUUUGUUAUUCGGAUUUCUCGAGAUCGGGUUGAUUCGGCAGUGGAACAAGCCUUUUGACGCUCCGAUCCAAAAUGCUCUUUGCCGUCUGAACUAUAGCUGUCCGGAUGAUACCAUCGGCACCUGGCUGGAUCUUGAUAACUCGACCCAGAGGCCACUGCAUUGAGAGCACGUUGUCCUCUCUGUUGCCAUCGAGAAAGACGGUUGGAUGGAGUGUUCUUGAAAUCUCGCUCAGACAAACUCAUUAGUGAAUCAUUAGGAAAUUCAUUGUUUGCGCCGAUAAGGUUUGUGCCGUUAUCGGAGUGGAUGGUCGAGCAAAACCUUCGCCGAGCGAUGAAGGUUUCGCUCGUGAGAUCUCCAACGAGCUCAAUGUGCGCCGCCUUAACUGCUAGGCAUAAAAAGAUGGCCACGUAUACCUUGAUCUGACGGCGGUUACGAUUUCGUUUCUCCUUGAUGUGGAAUGGCCCACAAUAAUCGACGCCGAGGUUUGUGGAUGGGCGAGAUUCCGUUACUCCGGCAAAUCCCCCAUUAUGUAAUCCACCCGUGGUGGUUGAGCGUGACAGCAACGGACGCAGCCUCUUAUGGUACACCAGACUUGACUUCGGCCGCCGACAGGCCAGUAUUGUUGUCCUACUACAUAUAACGUGGCCUGCGUGUCGGAGUGCACGUGGGCCUUGUGUUCAUGUUCGAUAAUGCUUUCUGUGAUAAUGCGACUGAUGAUUUAGGUACUAUUAUAGGAUGUUUUUGGGUAAAGAUCACUGACUAAGUCGGCCACCAAAUCGCAAUAUUCCUUCCUUGUCUAUGAAGGGGUUGAGUCGCGUGAGUUUCCCUUUUACUGCCGUGUUUCGAUCCUUUCGGAGUGUACGCAUUUCCCCGGAAGAAUGGAUGUUCUGUAAUAAUUUUAUUAGCUUAUCGUGUGUUAGGUUCAAUUCGGUUACAGUUAAGGGCGUCGCUCGGUUUUGUUUUUGUUUACAACGGAGGCAACGAGCGAUGAUUCGUAUCAACUUGGGCCACGGCGAGUAUAAUGGGCGGGAGUUGCGGACGGACAAAUGACCCUCUUCUGUUCCGGUAAUUCGAUUUGUGGUGUUGAUAUGUAUAUCUAGCAGCAGUCUUCAGACCAGUGGAGCUACUCAGGACCGUGCUUCCAAAUGGUCGGGCGUAGAAACUCUUCGGGCAUUCUUAGAUCCGCGGGAUUGUCGUUGGUGGGAACAUGACACCAAUCACGGAUACUGGUUUUUUUUUUGGAUUUCGGAAACUAUGUUGGCGACAAAUGUUUUGAAUCUUUCCAUGCGAUGUGUUCAUCCAGUGGAGUACGAUGGUGGAAUCGGUUUAUCUUUUGGAUAGUUCAAGUAAUGUUGUGCAAUAGGGCCUGCUGUACUGUCGAUAUCAGGGACGUGAGGAGGAGUGCUCCUCUCAACUCGAACCGAGGAAUGGUUUGGGAUUUGAGCAGAGCUGACUUUUGAUUUCGCGGCGUAACGAUAAAUUGAGGGAAACUGUAACGAUACCGUAUGUCGCGAUCCGCGUUCCGUUGGCCGCGAACAGUUCGUAGUCGGGUUUGUUCGUGUGUCCGCGGAUCUUGCUGCGCGGAUAAACACAAAUGUCAGCACCGGUGUCCACUAAAUACGAGAUUUUCGUUAGUAUAUCUUUAACGAAAAUGCGGCGUGUCUUUAAGCCGUCGGCGUUCGCCGCGUUUACGGAGAGCUGGUCGCGUUUCCCUGUUUCCACUAACUCGGGAAUCGACAUCUUCUCGCACAUUCGCGGAAUACUUCAUGAUAAUAACAGAGGCCGGAAUCUUGCGUCCUUUGUCGCGACCUGGAACGGCUCCGACUUCUUGAUGGCCAGUGCCGACGCGGAGGAUGAUUAAUAUUCAUCGCACUCACCUCGACCCUUAAUUGGUUCAUCUGGUCGUUAAAUGUAUUAAAAAGCGUGAGCCAGGGAGCUUCAGAUGGUUCCGAGUG